AUGGGCAGCAUCAACGGGCACGCUGCGCAUGGCAAGGCAGUCCAGCCCAAAGAUCUAGACUGGCCCAAGCUCAAGUUCGGCCUCACGCCAACGAACGGCCACGUCAGAUAUACCUACUCGCAAGGUCGAUGGAGCAAAGGCGUCUGGGUCGAGGAGCCUUUCAUCAACUUACACGUCGGCAGUGCUGCCCUCAACUACGGUCAGUCGGCAUUCGAAGGUCUCAAGGCCUUCAGGGCACCAGAUGGCAGCGUGCGCGUCUUCAGACCCCAAGAGAACUCGGCGCGCCUCAACCACUCUGCGGAAUUCCUGGACGUGUCGCAUGUGCCUGAGGAUCUAUUCUUAGAGGCUGUAGAGCGAUGCGUGGCCGGCAAUCUCGAAUUUGUGCCACCACACGCUCCGAGCGCGGGAAUGGGCGCACUGUAUCUGAGACCGAUUCUAUUUGCGAGUGGGGAAGAACUCAUGCUCAGCACGCCCGACGAGCUCACUUUCCUCGUCUUUGCAACGCCCGUGGGGAGCUACUACGGACCGAGUGCGGAAGUGCCUGCUGUUGAUGCUCUCGUGCUCGACAACUUUGACCGGACUGCCCCUCGAGGUACAGGCUCAGCUAAGCUCGCGGGCAACUAUGCUCCCGUGUACAGGCAUAUGCGAGAAGCUAGGCUCGCUGGCUACCCUAUCACACUCCACCUUGACUCUGCGACCCGCACACUCGUAGACGAAUUCAGCACGUCAAACGCGCUCUUCAUAUCUUACCCGCCCAUCUCAUCGCCCGACACAGCACCGACGGACGUGACGCUACAUGUACCGCAAUCAAGCUCGAUCCUCAGGUCAGUGACGACAAAGUCGAUCGUUCAGCUAGCGCAGUCAUUCGGCUGGACUGUCGAUGCUAGGCCUAUUGCGUUCCAAGAAGUCAUCGAUGGCGCCUUCACAGAAUGCGCAGCAGCAGGCACAGCUGCCGUCGUCACAAUCGUGCGCAGCAUCUCCUAUAAAGCCGGUGAUGCUACAAUGAAGGUCACCAUUGGCGCUGGCAAAGCAGGUCCAUGUUGGCUUCGCGUGCUCGCCGAACUCACAGCCCUGCAAUGCCAGACGAGCCCAGACCCGUAUUCAUGGCUCUGGCCCUCACAAGGCAUCCAGCCAAGUAGCCCUUGA